AUGGUCAAGCAGAGCUCCUUUCUGAGCCCCGAUUUCGAAUCCAUUCAGGAACUCGAAAAUGAAACUUGGUACCACGGUGCUCUUCCUUUAGAAGAUGUUGUUUGUUUGAUCCCAGAACGUGGCGAUUUCCUAUUAAGAGCGCUUGAAGCCGAAGGAGGACGAGGGCCUAUGCCAUGCUUGACGGUUCGCGUCGAGAAUCACAUCAAAGACUUUCCCUAUUCACGCAGCUCAACAACAAAACAUCCCAUUCUUCACCAUAGAUGGCGUGAACAAAGCACCCAGCGCUAUUGCUGUUGUACAGUAAGUAUAGCUCCGUUAUCUGAGUGGUCCUAUCAUGGACCAUAG